UAGACAACAAAAAGGAAAAUUAUGGCACUAACUGCUGCUAGCACAACCACCAUCACCACUUUACUAAUAUCCCUACUCUUCCUUCCCAAAUUUUAUUCUUCUGAACUCGACUCACACACAUCAAUCGCAAAAGCAGAUGUGGAUCUUCUGGAAUUUCCUCUAAAUUUAGAGUUCUUUGAAGCUGAAUUCUUUUUGUAUGGCGCUCUGGGUUAUGGAUUAGAUAAAGUUGCUCCAAAUUUAACCCAGGGAGGUCCAACACCCAUUGGUGCUAAAAAGGCAAAUUUGGAUCCUUUUACCAGGGAUGUUAUUGAGCAAUUUGCUUACCAAGAAGUUGGACACUUGAGGGCCAUUCAAAAAGUUGUUAAAGGAUUUCCAAGACCAUUAUUGGACUUAAGUAAAGAAUCAUUUGCAAAAGUGGUCGAUGCUGCAGUAGGGAAAAAGCUGUCCCCACCUUUUGAUCCUUAUUAUAGUGGAGUUCACUACCUCCUUGCAUCUUACCUUAUUCCUUAUGUUGGACUCACGGGCUACGUUGGAACAAUUCCAAAACUCCAAGCCCCUACUUCUAGAAGGCUCGUUGCAGGCCUAUUAGGUGUGGAAUCGGGCCAAGAUGCAGUUAUUCGAGCAUACCUGUAUGAGCAUGCACACAAGAUUGUGGAACCAUAUGGAAUAACGGUGGCACAGUUUUCAAAUUACUUUUCGGAUCUAAGGAACAAGCUUGGACAUGAAGGUGUCAAAGAUGAAGGUCUUUGGGUUCCCAAAUCUGAAGGUGCUGAGGGAAAGAUCAAUGGGAACGCGCUUGCUGGAGAUGCAGACUCUGUUGCAUAUGAUAGGACCGCUGAGGAGAUAUUGAGGGUUGUUUAUGGCUCCGGUGAUGAGCAUAAACCUGGUGGGUUCUAUCCAAAAGGAGGCAAUGGUAACAUUGCCAGAUCUCAUCUACAUUAAUUCUAUGCCUAUAGCUUGAUUACAAGAAAACAAGU